AGACGUCGACGUGAAUCAGCUGUGUCCAGCGGGACGUUUGUUUUGGCGUAACGACCGCGACAAGUUCCAACGAGUUCGUCUCCUUUUGAAAACGUCAUGAUGAGGGUCCUCCAUUUCGCCUUGUUUGCCAUUUCUCUGGCCCUCGGCGACGGUGCCAUGUUUAGCUGGCUGUUCCAGAGUGCUAAAAGUGAUAAGGAUAUAAACGGCAGUGGAGAAAAGGUUACUAAUUCCGGUGGACCUUCCUCGAGUUACGGCGAAGGUGUCCAUGUUGGAGAUGUCAGCACAGAUGUCCUGGCCAUCAACGUGCCAUUUGAAGCUAGGUUGUCCGACGAGAAGUUUCUGACAGAGGCCACCAAGUACACGUCGUUACAGUUGUCCGAACUUGACAAGUGCCACCACCGAGUCAUUCUAAGUCUGCAGACUUCAUGUUAUGACUUAACCAAUGAAGAACUAUCCAAAGUUGCAGUAAACCUUUUCAACUGCCAGUCUUACGCUGAAGGUCGUCCAGUGUAUCCUUGCUCUUUCGAUAUGACCCUAGAAGAGUGCACCAAGAAUAUGGAUCCCAAUACUUGGAACGCUUAUCAUAUUGUCUCCAACCGAGUCAGGGCAGUGUGCUAUGCCACCCGACAAGAGCAAUUUCGUGCCAAAACGGAAUUGACUGUAAACAGACUCAUGAAUUCAGCUGAACAACAAGUUAGAUCCAUGAAUGAAUUACAGGAGAGCCAGGAAGCUCUUGGGAAGGCAACAUCCGAGACAUUUGAAUCUUUAAAUGAAGGUCACGAGUAUCUACGAAAACAGCAAAAUCAGCUAUCGGCAGCCCAACAUACUAUCCAGAGUUAUGUCUCUUCCAAUCUACGAGAGCUUUACAAAGAAAAGAGAAUAAUUGCAGCUGGGCAGAAGGAAUUGGCUCAUAUUACAGAGUCAAUUAAGAAAAAGUUAGAUGAAGCAAAAAGCCAGCUUUCGGUACAGGAGGAAAGCCAGAGAGAUGCCCAUAACCACAUUCUUGAAGAUCUCGCAGAAAUACAAGAAGAUGCUCGCCGAGUGUGGGAAAAACUGGAUGCCAGUACUUCAAACAUUCUCAUGAAACACGAAGAAACGAUAGAAAGGUUUAGUCGCCUGGCACAAGACCUUCGGGACAUGAAUGACACCGUUCAUCACCUGAUGGAUAUUCUGCACGCAACAAGAGGUGCAGUUGAAGACAAGUUGUCGUGGAUUUCCACGCUUGUCGGUGGCACAGACAACACUGUACAAAAAGUGUACAGCUGUAUUCUACACAUUGCAUACUUUUUAAUUGGCAUGUUGGCUGCAAGUUUUCUUCAGGUACCAUACUUGACACGUGUUGUACUGGUUGUGUUAGUUCCACUGAAUGCUAUGUCAGAAAUAAAGCAUGAAAGCAGUUUGCAGUUUUCUACUCUGACUACAGUUUUGGCUCUCUGUGUCCUAAUUAAUUUGUUGGCUACCCUCCUUAUGGGGUUCUUUCGGAAGAAGGAAGGGCACUCCUCAAUCAGGGAUGCCGUUCUACACUGUCUGAAGUGUGAACUAAAGGGUUCACCAUCAGAUUCUGUAAUCACGGUUAAUGGAAAUGCAUGUACAAGUAACCUUCUUUCAAGCACCACAAUCAUGACUAGUACACCCCCAUCUAAGCAGAACAGUGUCGAUCAUUCUUCCAACACAAGUAAUGCUGACUAUUCAAGUGAUGAAGAGGAACUGCUCAAACCUGUCCCAAAAGAGAAUCCAGCUGGAUUUCUAAGGAGGAGGAUCUUUGGAAACAGCCUGCUGUGCAGCACAGAAAAGAGCAUGGUUGGGUCGCCAGUUGAAACCAAAGAAAGUGUUACCUCACUUUUAGAUUGUCAGAACAACAACUCUAAAACUCAUUCAGAUUCAUUAGAAAAUGAGAAGGCAAUAUCCUCUGUUCGGCGACACCUACUAGAGCACUUGGAAAGUACUCGACCUCCUUCACACAACCUCAGCUUUUCCUUGCGCAGCAGCUCUCGCAAAAGCACCCCAGUGAGAGAGACUCCCUCCUCAUCUCGCAGCGGAACGCCAUGUAGAAGUAUGACUCCCAAAAAGUUAUGCGCUGCUGCCUGCAAAAAUGGACAACUGUGCCGCAAUCCUGCUGGGAAUGAUUCGUUUUACUGCCACAGGCAUGAAACAAGCUCAAUUUUAUCCUAAUGGGAUGACCAGCUCAAGUGAUUGAUGGUGCUAGUAACUCCAUAAUGGUGUUAUAAUCUUCAGUAUUUAAACAAAUCUUUCCAUUGUACAGUAUUCUUGCUUGCUCUUAACUUAUUUAUUGGAUAGGGAUACUGUGAUGAUAAUCAUGGGUAAGAAGUAGAGCUGUUGGGGCCAGUGACUUAUAAAUGUAGAUGGGAAAUAAUGCUGCUCUUAAUUUUUAAGUCAAGAUAUAAAUCUUGAGGUUCUGUAGACUUCACGAAGAAUUGCAGUUUUCUCAGUAUUUUGCUAUACAAUUCCUGUUAUGCUUAAGUACUGUAUUAUUUUGUCAUAACCUUGUUUUUAUUAUGAUUAAAAAAUUUAGUUUGUUUGGUAUAUGUAUUUAAUUAUUAAGAUUUUUUAAAAAUGGAGUUCGUUAUAAAAUGUAGUUUGCGGUGUAUAUGUGUCAAGAUUUUUUUUAUGGGAUUUUUGUGUUAUGUGGGGUUGCCUUAAAAAGAAAAAUUUCUGUGGGUGUACCCUUUGUUAAGUAUGAAGCUUAAGAUUCUCUGCAGUGUAAUUUGUCCCAUCCAGUAGUUUACAGGUGUUUAGGUACUUUUAAAAAAUGUUUUGUAUCUGUGGUAGCCAUACAUCCAUAAUUUUCUGUAUUUUGCCCUUCUUGUAUUACUAAACAUAAGCCUUCAUGUUUAAGGGCAUUGUUUGGGCCUGUUUCCAACUUAAUUUGUGGGAAAUAUUGACUUCUGUUCUGGCUUGUGACUAGAUUUUUAAAAUUUACCAACAAGGAACUUUAUUAGCCUGGUGAAAGUAUUACUCAGUCCUAUACUCUGGUCAAAAUCAGUUUAACAUGGUUGUGCAUUAAAUUUUAAACUGUAGCAACUUGGGUUGCAAUUGCUACAUUGAGUUUGGAUAAGCAUAGUUUCAAGGUUCUUGGACACUGAAACACAGCCAUGAAGGAUUAUAGCCAAUUUAAUGAAAGUGUUGUACGUAUUAUUUUGGUGUCUGACAUUGUUUUUAGUCUCUUGCACAAUUUCAUUUUAAAAUGCUUUUGUGUAAGACCCAACUAAUAUUCAGCAAGUGUGCUUUUUAUAUAGAUUUGACAUUAAAUACUUUACAUUCCAUUAAUUAUUGACUAUAUAUUAGACCAAAUUUUGUAAAUUCAUACAUUUUAUCACCCCUUGAGAAUUUGUACAUAGCUUGACUAAGUAAAACUGCCUUUUUUAA